AUGUUCACAAUCCUUGGUGGUUACAGAUUUGGCACGGCCAUAGCUCUCACGAUAAUCGUCAGUUGUAUUAUGCUGACGACGGUAGGAAUGCUGGCGCUUGGCAUUGGCCUCGGCUACAAUUAUUGCUUCGUGGACUUCAAAGUGAAGAGGCUUUUCGAUGAUAACAAAAAUCCGAGGAGGUUCCUAGUGCGAAAAAAGAAAGACGCCGGAAACGAGACAGAUGCUGUGGAAGAAUUUGAAGAUGGAGAAUUCAACAUUAGGCCUACAAUGAUAGUUCCUUUAAAAAGCAAUAUAAGCUUCUCGCUACUGAUAUCGCGAAUAAGAGAUUUAAACAAAAACGUCACUUUAGAAUUGAUCGCAUCA